CAGAAUCUGCCCGUCAACUUCCAAGUGCGUCAAGAAGUGCGUGCGCUCCAAUAUAAGUUGAUAUGUGAAAUAUCAGGCAGUCUCGUGAGUCGCGCGUCUACAGCACGAGAAGCUUCGAGUAAACUGUAUAGAGAGAAUAUCAGAUGCAAUUUGAUAUUAGGUCACAAAACCCCUCCAAACAAUAAGGAUCUUGUGAUUCUUGUCCAAAACACUCAAUCAUAAAAGCACGCCCUUUUCUCUGGCUGUCUGGAGACGUGGCGCAGGAAAUGGAGGGUAUGCCGUUGAGCAUGGGCAGCCUGCGGACGCUGCCGUGGUACGUGGCGGGCUCUCAGGUGCUGGGGGUGGCAUGUGUGGUGAUCACAGGCGUGUGGAUGGGACAUUACCGAGGAGGCUACGCCUGGGAUGGCUCAGCACAGUUUAACAACCACCCUCUCUGUAUGGUCCUCGGCCUGGUCUUCCUCUAUGGAGAUGCUGUUCUGGUUUAUCGUGUCUUUAGAAACGAGACUAAGCGUUCAGUGAAAAUUCUCCACGCUCUGCUGCAUAUGAUGGCUCUUGUCAUCAGUAUUGUGGGUCUGGUGGCUGUAUUUGACUUCCAUUCAUCAGCUAAGAUCUCUCAUAUGUAUUCUCUGCACAGUUGGUGUGGCAUGCUCACUUUUGUGCUAUUUGUCCUACAGUGGUUACUGGGACUGGGAUUUUUCCUUUUCCCAUGGGCCUCUGCUCAGUUAAGGAGCUGGUAUCUUCCACUGCACGUCUUCUUUGGCCUGUUGCUGCUGGCCAUGUCUGUGGGAUCCUGUCUGCUGGGAAUCACAGAGAAAUUGCUCUUCAGUAUCAUGGAAUCUUACAUCAUGUUUACUGGUGAGGGGGUCCUGGCGAACACUUUAGGCUUGUUGCUGGUGUGCUUUGGGGUCGUGGUGGGUUACGUGGUGACGAGAGAAGAUUUUCGGCGACCACCAAAUCCCGAGGAGGAGGCUCUCUCCGUGCACUUUAAGACCCUGUCAGAAGGAGAAAUCCCCAGUUCUCCUUAAUGUCUUAAUACACUCCAAAACUGCCUUUCUGAACUUCCCGCCUUUCUGCCUUCCUACUCAUGUCCUAGCAAACCUGUCAGCCAGUUCCUCCCUUUGCAGUCUCCCCCAUCCUUAACAUUAAAGUUACUCAGUAACAGUUCUUACCAAGUUAUGACAGGAUUAAAAUGUAGGCUUGUAGGCUACAGUAAAAAUGAUGUUAUUUUUAUUAUUGGAGUAAUUAAAUGUUUUAUAUAUAUAUAUAUAUUUUUUUUUUGUUUGUUUGUUUUUGUUUUAAAGUAAUUUCUAAUUGUGCCAAACCAAAUUAACCUGAAAAAAAAAACAAGAGAUGUAAGUUGUAUAUACUGUGUCUGUAAAUGUAUUAGAUUCAGGAUGUAAUUUCUUGUGCCUUAACAUUUAUUUGUACCAGACUGUACUAAAAAACUGAAAUACUCUAUAAUGACAAUUAUUAUUAUUGUUUAGAAUCAGAGGGCACACCACUACAUCAGCAAAUGUUUAUUAUCAGUAAAUGUUUAGAACUUUCCCUUGCAGGAUUUCCAACAUUUGUUUUAUGUUACAGACUAAACGUAUCAUUUUAUGCCGCGUUUAUAUGACAAUAUAUUACAGCCCUGCCUGCAUAAAUGGCUGAAAAACACUUGAAAAAAUGUUGGAUUGUUAAGAGCAAAAUCUCUAAUAUCCAAGAUCUGCAAAGAAAUGAUAAUAACAAAAAAUCUCAUUUAUAUUAUUCAAAUGAAAAAAAUGUCUUUUUGUUAUCUUGCUGGUUAUUAAAAUCAGCUUGAAGAGGAGAGAUACUGACUGUUUUACACUGUUUUGUGUGUGUAUGAUGUAAACAUUCUGUCUUUCCAUCUGAAAGAGUGUGUUCAAAUGAUCUGUAGGUGCCUUUGUACUGUAUUUUUGUGUUGGCAUGUUU